UUCUCCACCUGCAUUAUAAUAAUUCCAAAUAAAUCAUUAUUAAGAACUACUCAUUUCUCUUCCACAUAAACACAAAACUAGACAAUUCUCAAACAUGAGAGGAGGUUUCUUCCUCUGCUUCUUCUUGUUCAUCAUCACUUCACUUUCUUUUCUCACAACAAUCUCAACCUCUACCGUCACAGACACCUUAACCUCAAAACAAAUUCUCAAAACAAAUCAGACCCUUGAAUCUCUUCAGGGAUCAUUCGUUCUUGGUUUCUUCUCAGGAACAUAUUCCAACCUUUAUUUAGCCAUAUGGUACAAAAACAUCCCAGACACAGUUGUUUGGGUCGCAAAUAGAGACAACCCUCUUCAAAAUUCAACCGACAGCUUCCUCAAAAUCACUGACGAUGGAAACAUAGUACUUCUCAAUUCAUCCUCAGUUUCCGACAACAACAACAACAACAUCGUUUGGUCUUCGAAUCAAACAAAUGCUAAAAACCAAGUUCUUGUUCUUCAGCUUUUAGAUACUGGAAAUUUAGUACUCAAAGAAUCAAACGGGAACGAUACAACAAAAUAUUUAUGGCAAAGCUUCGAUUACCCAACAGAUACUUUGCUACCAAGCAUGAGUAUAGGUUGGAACUUUGACAAAAACACGGAAAAACACUUAACAUCAUGGAAGAACACAGGUAAAGAUCCUUCAUCAGGAGAUUAUUCAUUCAAAAUUGAUUUUCAUGGUUUACCAGAAGUUUUCCUGUGGUAUGAUGAUACCAUAGUAUAUCGAAGUGGACCUUGGAAUGGUGAAAGAUUAAGCGGUGUACCAUAUACAAGUUCAAUGGUUUUAGAUCUCUCAUCAAACGAACACGGUGUAAACUACUCGUUUUCGUUCGGAAGUAACUCGAUAUAUUCAAGACUGAUUGUGAGUUCUCAUGGUCAACUUCGAAGUCUUACUUGGGAUCAAAGUAGUAAAAUAUGGAAAAUUAAUUGGUAUAUACCGGAAAAACAAUGUGAUGUUUACAAAGAAUGUGGUCCUUACGGUGUAUGUGAUAUGAACAAUGAAUGUGGUCCUUAUUCUGUAUGUGAUUCUAAUGCUACAUCGAUGUGUGAAUGUGUGAAAGGCUUCAGUCCUAAGAAUAAACAAGCUUGGAAAUUGAGAGAUGGAUCUGAUGGGUGUGUGAGGGAUAAGGAUUUGGAUUGUGAGAGUGAUAAGUUUUAUCACAUGGAGAGUGUGAAGUUGCCUGAGACAAGCUCCGUGUUUGUGAACAAGACAAUCGGGAUAUAUGAAUGUGGUGAACUGUGUCAUGACAAUUGUUCUUGUACGGCUUAUGCUAAUGUUUAUCUAACACAUGGAGGAACUGGUUGUGUUAUGUGGAUUUCUGAACUUAAUGAUAUCACAAGUUAUCCCGGAGGUGGACAAGAUCUUUUUGUUAGAUUAGCAGCUUCUGCUUCUGAUUUAGGAGAAAUCCAUCAAGAAAACCAAGUUAAAGUAGAGGACCUUCCUGUAUUUGAAUUCAAAAACAUUUUAACCGCAACAAAUAACUUUGAUUUAGCUAACAAGAUUGGGCAAGGUGGUUUUGGUACAGUGUAUAAGGGACAAUUGCCUGGUGGAUUAGAAAUAGCAGUGAAAAGGCUUUCGAAAACUUCAGGACAAGGGUUAGAAGAAUUUAUGAAUGAAGUGAUUGUGAUUUCAAAGCUUCAACAUCGAAAUCUUGUAAGACUUUUAGGUUGCUGCAUCAAAGGGGAAGAAAAGAUGUUGGUCUAUGAGUACAUGCCUAACAACAGUUUAGACUUUUAUCUAUUUGACCCAAUAAAAAAGAAGGUUUUAGAUUGGCAAAAACGUUCAUACAUAAUUGAAGGAAUCUCUCGAGGACUGCUUUAUCUUCAUCGAGAUUCAAGAUUAAGAAUAAUACACAGAGAUUUAAAGCUAAGUAAUAUUUUGUUGGAUGGAGAUUUGAAUCCUAAAAUAUCUGACUUUGGCAUGGCGAGAAUCUUUGGAGGCACUGAAAACGAGGGCAAUACAAGAAGAAUUGUGGGAACAUAUGGAUAUAUGUCUCCUGAAUAUGCAAUGGAAGGAUUAUUUUCAGAAAAAUCAGAUGUAUUUAGCUUUGGAGUUAUGCUCCUCGAGAUAAUAAGUGGUAAAAAGAAUACAAGUUUUUAUAAUCACGAGGAAGCAAUCAACCUUUUAGGAUACGUAUGGAAACUAUGGAAUGAAGAGGAUAUAGUAUCUUUGAUAGAUUCGGAAAUAUAUAAUUCAAAUAAUAUGGAUCAAAUUUUGAGAUGCAUUCAUAUUGGACUGCUUUGUGUGCAAGAACUUGCAAAGGAGAGACCUACUAUGGCAAAAGUUAUUUCAAUGCUUAAUAAUGAAAUUGAUAAAUUUCCUCAGCCAUGUCAACCUGCAUUCAUUGAUAGGCGAAUUGAGGAUAUAGGAGAGUCAUCUCAAAAUAUUCGCCUCUUGACUUCGAUGAAUGAUGUCACUAUCACAAGCUUGCAUGGCAGAUAAUUAGCUGACACAGACGAUGCCAUGGUUGAAAUAACUACAUAUUUUAAACGAUGGCAAUGUUGUUCUCCCAAGACUUUAAAUUAAUAUACAUCUCUAUAUUGAAUUAUACAUUGUCCUACAUCUGUCUACUAAGAAGAAAGACAUAGUUAACGCCUGACCAUGGAAUUAUUAUUGCUGAAAAUUUGAGUACGAUAAA